AUAAAAAUAAAAUAAAAAUGGAUUAUUCAAACUUAUUUAAUGUUACAAACAAGGUUGUUUUGGUUACGGGCGGAUCAAGAGGUAUUGGAGAGAUGAUUGCUACUGGCUUUGUAGCUGCAGGCGCUAAGGUUUAUAUUACCAGUCGUUCAGCUGACGUCUGUUACGAGGUCUCCAAAAGGUUAACCGAAAUGGGUCCAGGACAGUGUCUUGCCAUUCCAGCAGAUUUACAAAGCAUUGACGAAAUUAAUCGACUUGUUGCUGAACUUUCUAGCAAGGAAGACCAUCUCGAUGUUUUAGUUAAUAAUGCCGGUGCCAAUUGGAAUGAAGCCGUUGAAACAUUUCCUGACAAUGCUUUCGACAAGGUCCUUAGUUUGAACUUAAAGCGUAUUUUUACAUUAACACAAGCUUGUCUCCCUCUUUUGACAGCUAAAGCAACACAACAUGAUUCAUCCUCUGUCAUUAACAUUGGAUCUAUCGACGGUAUUAGAGCUCCACCUCAAGAGACUUAUGCUUACGCUGCGUCCAAAGGAGGUCUCCAUCAUCUCUCUCGUCUAAUGGCUGACAAACUCGGUAAAAAGGGUAUUCGCGUUAAUGUGAUUGCUCCCGGUGCUUUCCCUUCCAAGAUGAUGAAGGCUACCUUAGAUAAGCAUCACGAUUCGAUGGUUGCUAACAUUCCUGCUGGGCGUAUCGGUUCUCCGGAGGAUAUUGCUGGUACUUGUAUCUACUUAUCUUCUCGUGCUGGUAAAUAUACCACAGGUGCAACCAUCAUUGUAGAUGGUGGUGUCCUUGUUACCUCAAAAAUGUAAAGAAAUCCAAUAAAAACAGAUGGCCAUCGAUUUCCCUAUCAGAUAACUCUUAUUAAGUGAUACAUAAACCGUAGCUGUGAUUUUCUGAUAAACAUUAUCAAUAAGGGUAUCACUUGCGAAUAAAUCGUAUUUUGAGGAAUAAAACAAUUCAGCCAAUCAUGUUUUUUUAUUAAUAGGGGUCCUCAGUCGUCAAAGUUUUAAAAA